AGGGGACGUCACAUCCCCUUGACCCUCCAAUCACCUCGGGGUCCCAUUUGAUUGGAAGGCGGCAAAGGCUUUAAUCUCAGCUCUAAUUCAGAGGCUUUUGAAGUGAGUUUCACUGGCAGAACUCUGGCUGGCUGCGCUGCUGAUCACACUGCGCGCUCUGUACCAGGAGUGGGCGCAGGAACGGGCUGGAACACCAGGAUCUUACAGCAGUGGAACCCUCUGAUCCUGACUGGAUGGAACGUUCACUCCCUUAGCAGCUGUGCACAGAGUUACAUUGUUACAAGUAGCCCAGGAGCCGGGCAUUGAAGGCACAGCACAGAUAUAUUGUAUCUGGAUUCAGGUUCCAGCGAGAGGCAGCGUUAUAUCUGCUGGAUAUUGACUGAGCUGUAUCUGCUGGAUUUGACUGUGAUCCCCCUGUAUCUGGUGGAUAUUGACUGUGAUCCCCUGUAUCUGGUGGAUAUUGACUGACACCCCAGCUGUGUGAACCCCUGGAUAUAGACUGACACCCCAGCUGUGUGAUCCCCUGGCUAUAGACUGACACCCCAGCUGUGUGAUCCCCUGGAUAUUCACUGACACCCCAGCUGUGUGAUCCCCUGGAUAUUCACUGACACCCCAGCUGUGUGAUUCCCCUGUAUCUGCUGGAUAUAGACUGACACCCCCGCUGUGUGAUUCCCCCCUUAUCUGUUGGAUACAGACUGACGCGCAGGCUGUGGGAUCUUCCUGUAUCUCUUGGAUAUAGACUGACACGUUGUAACAGCAGAAGUCGAGGCGGCACCAUCUCCAGGCAGUGCUCUGCACCGAUGAGCCGGUGUCUGAAGGUCACUGUACAGCACCGAUACCAGGAUCGCCGAUAGGAUACUGGGGUAUUUGUAGGAUCCCACGUCGCUGGCAUCUCGGGGAUACUUUGUUACAGCUUGCCAACCAGCACCCCUGGGGGUCUCUCUCCCCUCGUUUCCCCCCAAUGCCUGUUAGGGGGUCAUGAUCAGCUCGCCAUUGGCUUCUGGAAGUCGUGUGAGUCCAACAGCCCGGGAGAGCGGAGACACCGGAUCGUCCCCGGCUAACAGAGCCUGCUUCCUGCACCCCGUACCCCCCACUGACCCCCUGCGCCAGGCCGCCAGGCUCCCUAUCAAGGUGCUCAAAAUGCUGACAGCACGGAGCGGACACAUCUUACACCCGGAGUACCUCCAACCUCUGCCCUCCACCCCAGUCAGCCCUAUAGAGGUAAGGAGGCAAUACACACUACUGCUGGCUUUAUCUGAAUACACACAUUCAUACACAGACACAAUCAUACACAGACACACAAUAUUUCGUAUUCAACACAAUCACACACACACUAUGUAUAGUAAAUAUACACACACAGACACACUAUAUGUAGUAAACAUAUACAAUCAGACAUACUAUGUAUAACACAUACAAAGACACACAAUGUAUAGUGUAUAUAUGUACAUUUGUACAAACUAUGUAUAGCAUAUACAUAUAAUCAUACACAGACAUUAUGUAUGUAUGGAUCUAUAUAUAUUCAUACAAAGACACAAUAUGUACAGUAUACACAUUCAUACACACACUGUAGUAUUUAUACAUACGAGAGGUUGUGUUUUCUAUACAUACACACACUUUUAUUCACACCUCACAUACACACUGUACUGUUGAGUAUUCUUCACACACAGCCACACACACACACACACACACACACAUACACACACAAAUAUACUAGAUACUGUUAGAUAUUCUAUGCAUAUAGUAGUAUUUUAAUCGAUACCAUUAUUAUCACGGUGAAGCUCGAUGUUUGCUUCCUCUCCUUCCUCCCCUUUCCCCUUCCUCUCCUCUGAUCUCAGAUGUCACAGCUUCCUUCCCUCUCCCCCCCGUAGUAAUACUUCCGAACAGACUGUUUUCCUCUCUCCAACCCUCGGGCAAUGGCAAUGACUUAUACCGGGGUUAGAGCCCUGCUGCCCAGCCACUCUCUGCACACAGCCACAGACUGCCUUCACUUCACUGGGCUGUCUGCCUGGCUUACUGGGGGACCUAUAGUCUCACUACAGUGUACGUUAUACACAAUAAUAAUGGCGGUAUUUAUUAAAGAUUUAUAUUAAUACAUUGCAGCGCACUCUCUUACAGUCAGGAGAUUUAGUGUAGCUUAUUUACUAUAAUAUAGCAUUAUAUCUGUAUAGGUAUACUUAUAUAUACACACACACACACACACUGUACCACAAUCUGUCCACAUACAUACAGACUAUAUCAUUUAUAAAAUAUUUUAUAAAUAAAUAAUACAGACUAUAUAUUGUUGUUGCUAAUUAAGUAACAUUCUACGGUGAUAUUGUAUGGCAAUGUUAUUCUUGUAACAUUCUAUGCAGUAUAAUGUAUAGUGAUGUUAUUUAUGUAACAUUCUAUGCAGUAUAAUGUAUAGUGAUGUUAUUUAUGUAACAUUCUAUGCAGUAAUAAUGUAUAGUGAUGUUAUUUAUGUAACAUUCUAUGCAGUAAUUAUAUAUUGUGAGUGAUGUUGUACAUUGUAUAUUACCUGUUUUUGGACAUUCUUCACUUACAUGCAGGGAUUUAAGAGCACUUUGUUUUAUGCCAAGGGCUGAGAUUAGAGCCCAGCAGAUUAAGGCAAAGGGAAUAUCACCGUGUGAAUAUUAUAUAUGAAAUUCUAGCAGAAGGGUCAAUGGGUAACUUGGAUGAAUUUAGUACAAAACCAAACUUUCACCAAAUCACUGGCUAUCAAGAAAUCAGUUUAUAUCAUUAAAUUGGCAAAUUAUCAAUAGUUUAGGUAUUAACUUGUUUCUAGAGUUGUAAAACUUACUUGUAAUUAAAAAAAAAGUAAUUCUUAAAACAAGAAGAAUAUCUAGGUAAAAUAAAUAUGUAAUAAAUAACACAGACACGACAAAAUGCUAGUUAUAUAAAUAUUAGGAAUUCUAAAAUUUAUAUUGUGUAUAAAUAUAUUAAAACAGACAUAUAGAAAAAAAACAGACACGCAGAUAUAGUGUAAAAUUAAAUGUAUUGAUGUCAAGUAAUAUUGAGCGAGGCUGUGUAUUGAGGCCUCAUUUAAAAGAAACGUGAGCCCAUUUAUAAUGGGUAACAGUUUUUGAGGAGGGCAUACUGAGGGCCAACAUCACCCCCUGGUGACCCCUUUGAUGUUCCCUAUUUACAUCUCUACAUAUGUUGCAAUCCAAUAGCGUUUAAAGUUUAAGAAAUCAUUGUGCUACCUUAAAGUAUAAACCGAUCUAAGCCAAUAAAAAUGAGUAAAAAAUUUAAAUUUGUCAUCCGGAAUAACAGUUUUUAAACUAAUUACUUUCCAUAAACAUAUAGGCAUCUGGAUAAUACAUUUACCAAGCCAACCAUCUGGAUAAUAUAUCGAGCUCAAUUCGGAAAUGUUUUUUAAGGGCAAGAUUUGGGAUUAAUUCACAACAAAUCCUAUUCUUCAUAUUUCCUUAACUAGCGAAAUCCACCAGGUGAAUAGGGGCGAACGGGGAUAUAUACACAACUCUAAAACCAGCUCUGUCUAAAGCAAUUCAUUAUUUGUUCAAAUAGCCUUUCUAAAGUCACAUUCAUCAUCACUAUGUUAUUAUUAUCAUUACAUGUUAUUAUAUCAUUACAUCUAGAAUAUAGAAGGUAAUAUGUGUGUGUCUGUGUGUGUGUGUAUAUAUGUAUAUACAUAUACUAUUUUAUUUAUAUACACACACACAUAAAUGCAGUAUAUACAUAGUGCUGGCUGAGGGUUGUUAGACGAUGGUUAUGGGAUAUUAAUGCAGUAUAUACACUGUGCUGGCUGAGGGUUCUUAGAUGAUAAUGAUUGGGUAUUAAUGCAGUAUAUACAUAGUGCUGGCUGAGGGUUCUUAGAUGAUAAUGAUUGGGUAUUAAUGCAGUAUAUACACUGUGCUGGCUGAGGGUUGUUAGAUGAUGAGUUUGGGCUAAUAAUGUGUGUAUAGUGCCCCCCCUCCCCCCCCAGGCCUGUACUAACCCUGUCUCUCUCUCUCUCUCUCUCUCCCCCAGCUGGAUGCCAAGAAGAGCCCCCUCGCCCUGUUGGCCCAGACCUGCUCUCAGAUCGGCAAGCCGGACCCAGCCCCCUCCAAGCUGUCCUCAGUGACCGGCUCAUCCUCCGGGGGGGACAAAGACUCCAAGUCCGCCCCCCUCAAACUCAGCGACAUCGGGGCGGAGGACAAGUCCAGCUUCAAGCCUUACUCCAAGCCUCCGGACAAGAAGGAGCAGUCUUCCGGGGACAAGUCCGGGUUCCGGGUGCCCAGUGCCGCCUGCCCUCCUUUCACCCCCAGGACCGGCAGCCCCGGCUCCCCGCGGACACCCCCUCCCCGCGCGGACUCCAAGCCCAGCGCGGAGAGCGCGGACAAGAAGGACGCGGAGCAGUGCAGCGCCAAGGGCUCCUCGUCCCCGCACGGCCGGCUCAGCGCGGACCUGCCCCAGGCUCACUCCGAGGGCUCCUGCAAGAGCCUGUCCGCCGCACCGUCCCCCACCCCGGUGUCCUCCUCCGGCUCCUCGGGCUCCGUGCUGGCCUCCGGCCUGGUGGCCCCCGUGUCCCCCUACAAGCCCGGCCACACCGUGUUCCCCCUGCCCCCUGCCGGCAUGUCCUACCCGGGCUCCCUGUCCUACGCCGGAUACCACCCCCAGUUCCUGGCUCACGGGGUGUCCCUGGACCCGUCCAAGGGGGGCCAGCUGGGGAGCCUGGGCUGCUCCAGCAAGUCUGCCUCCAGCCCGCUGACCGGGGCCUCCCCGCCCUCCGUGAUGACCGCCAGCCUGUGCCGGGACCCCUACUGCCUGAGCUACCACUGCGCCUCCCAGCUGGGGGCCAGCGCCUCCUGCGGCCACGACCUCAAAUCCGGAUACCCACUGAUGUACCCCAGCCAUGCCCUGCACGGGGUCUCCCCGCCCUCCCUGCCCGGCCACCCCCUCUACCCCUACGGCUUCAUGCUGCCCAACGACCCCCUGCCCCAUGUCUGCAACUGGGUGUCCGCCACCGGCCCCUGUGACAAGCGCUUCUCCUCCUCAGAGGAACUGCUGGGCCACCUGCGGACACACACCGCCUUCCCAGGGGCCACGGACAAACUGCUGCCAGGGUACCCCAGCUCCUCCUCACUGGCAGCCGCUGCCAUGGCCUGCCACAUGCACAUGCCACCCACAGGACACUCAUCCAGCCCUCUCACCCUGCGCAGCCCACACCACCACCCCCUGGGACUCAGUACCAGCCGGUACCACCCCUACUCCAAAAGCCCUCUGCCCUCAGGAGGGGCCCCAAUGCCAAUGCCAGCAGCCACAGGACACUACUAUUCACCCUAUGCCCUGUAUGGGCAAAGACUAACCACAGCAUCAGCUCUAGGAUACCAAUGACUACCAGUAGGGGGCUAUGGAAUGUGGAGAUAAAUGACUUCAAUCUUUUUAUUUUUCUUCUUUUUUUUUUGGUUUUUUUUUCUAAGGAAAAAAAAAAUGAGAUCAAUGUGUGUUCAUUUGAGGACUGGAUCCGUGGACACUCUUAUUUAUUUAUGUUAGCUCCAAGCAGGACGUCUAAAAUAAACUAAAAAUGAAAGUGCAUUUCUGGAUAGGUAAAAAAUCUCAUGUAGAAUUCUAAAACAACAGGGACACCAUAACUUGAAUCCUCCUAGUGUUACUUAAAAAACAAUGACUGCUUAUUGUAUUGUACCUUAUUUAACGUCUCAUUUGGGAUCAAGUUCCCCCCCCAAAAAAACAUCAUUACAUUACAAUGCAUGUUUGUUACUAAAAAAAAAAAACAGCCGGCAGUUUGUCCUAAUUUAAAAUUGCAAUUAUUUUUAAGGUGUUAAAAAAAUAAAUAAAGAUAAACAAAUAAAAAACAGAGAACAGGUUAUUUUUUGUAUGUAUUCUGGAAAAAUGAUUUUAUUGCGAAAAAAAAAGUCCCUAAUUUGCCUUAUUUUUGUUCGGGGAUAAAUGCUUUUUUUUUUCUUAAUUUCUGUCACAUGAAAAUGUUUGCAAGUUCCAUCAGUGAUUUUUGCAUCCUGUAUCAAACUCACAGUGUACCUGCUAUAAAGAUUAAAAUACAUUAUAUUUGAUUUAAUAUGUUUUAAAUUUAUUUCAAACUGGGUUUAAAUUUCCUUCCGAUUUCUGUAAAAGCCGAAUUAAACGCAACCCAUUUUUGUAUUACUGAAAAAAAAAAAAAAUAGGUUAAAAAAAAACCUGUAUAUUUCCAC